CUUUUCGACAACUCUAAACCCCUCUCUUCUUCAUCUCUUCACAAUAUUAUCUCAGUAUUUUCGAAAUUUUUAUUUUCAACAUCCAUAUUUCACGUCUCCUUUCUGCCUUCUAAAUCAAUAAAAGAUUAGAGCCAAGUUGAAGACUAACAAUGGUGGCCUCUGAGAAUGACUCGAAGCAUGCAAACCAAACCUCUGUUUUUGGUUUUAAGGCGAUGAGAAUGCACGAGUCGGCUGAUCCACCAUUUGAGACAACAUACAAGAGGCUACUGGAGAAGGUGAUGGCGGCGCCGGAAGUGUCGGGCGUGGCGGAAUGUGAGCUUCCGAUGAUUGAUCUAAACGAGCUGAAGAUGGGCGAGUUGUCGAAGAGAGAAUGCAAGAAGAAGAUGGCCCAAGCUUCGCAGGAAUGGGGUUUUUUCCAAGUGGUAAAUCAUGGGAUUUGUAAAGAUGUUUUGGAGAAGAUGAGGGAGGAGCAAGUGAAGCUCUUCGCCAAGCCCUUCUCCGACAAGGCGGCGUACAAGGGGAGCUACCGGUGGGGGACGCCCUCCGCCACCUGCCUCGCCCAGCUCUCCUGGUCGGAGGCUUUUCAUGUCUCCGUCAGCGACCUACUCUCCUCACUCAACUUCCACCCUAAUCUCAGCUCAAUAAUGAGGCAAUAUGCGAGGAUGGUGUCUGAAUUGUCACAGAAAUUGGUGGAGAUAUUGGCAUCAGAAUUGGGGCAGAAAUCAGAUUUCUUCAAAGAGAAAUGUGUGGAGAGCACAUGUUACCUGAGAUUAAACAGAUACCCAGCGUGCCCAAUUUCCCCAGAUAUGUUUGGAAUAAUGGCACACACUGAUAGUGACUUCAUCACAGUGUUGCACCAAGACCAAAUCGGUGGACUCCAGCUCGUCAAAGAUGGCAGCUGGUUUGCCGUUAAACCUAAUCCCCAAGCCCUUGUUAUCAACAUUGGUGAUUUGUUUCAGGCGUGGAGUAAUAAUGUGUAUAAAAGCGUGGAGCAUAGGGUAGUGGCGAACCCUGUAUAUGAAAGGUUCUCAACGGCAUACUUCUUCUGCCCAUCAUACGACACCGUGAUAGCAAGUGGCGUUGAGCCUUGUGUUUAUAAAAGCUUCACCUUUGUAGAAUACAGAAAACAAGUCCAACAAGAUGUCAAGUUUUUUGGCCACAAAAUUGGACUCCCCAGAUUUCUUCUACAAACUCACUAGACGUAGUUCACUAGAUCAUAGUUGUAACGCCCCACUUUUUGGACCCUAAUUUUUCGAACCCUAAAAAUUUUGCAUUAAAUGUUUUAAUGCCGUGAAGCAUGUGGGUUAAUUGACGAGUAAA